AAAAAAUUCUCAGAUCAUAUGCAUCCGCAUAGAGAAGCUGACAACAACAGUACAGUAUAGCCAGAUCAAAUACCGCGUGGCGACCGGAAAAUUCUCCACGGAUCAAAAAUUAAAUGUGAGGAAAGAUAAGAUCUAGCAGAAAUGUAGAAACCUUUUGCUAGAUUCAGCGGAAGCGCAUGGAGAUUUCCUUCUCCAACAAUGUAGUUUCCGGUGACGGAAAAUCCGGCGGCGAGGGCGGCUACGACUUGAACGCGUUUGUCGACUGGGGGGGCAUGUACAAUGUUUUGGGUGCUUCCGGUUCCAGUUCGUCGCCGGGCACCCAAGGCUCGUCGACGCUGGCGUACCAAACACCAUCUUUUACAAUUGAUGCAUACUAUCGUCCCUCCGCCCCGAGGUAUGGGCAAACGCAGGGAUUAUCCGAAAUUAUGGAGAAUAUUCCGGAGGAACACACUCCGGAAAACCUUCCGACGGGAGCUAGAAGAGGAGGAGGCGGAGGAAGACGAGGAGGUGGAGGACGUAGGUCGUCAUCCAUACAGCUCCGCAGAGAUAAUGGCUCUGUUCAACACUUGGAUCAGCACAUCGUACGAUCCUAUCGUCGGGAAUCAACAAUCCCGCAAGUGUUUUGGGAUAAGGUCACCGCCGUAUACAACGAGCAAAAGCCAAUGAGGACCUUCAAGCGCAACAUGAAGAUGCUUCGCAGUCAUUUUGAGCAAGCCGACCAAGAUAUCAAAAUAUUUUGUGGGAUCUACAAGCAUGAAGCGGAGAAUUACCAAAGCGGAGCCAGUGGAGCCGCCGACAUUCUGAGAGCGGCUUUGCGAGUCUUUAAAGCCGAUACCGGCAAAGAUUUCAAAUAUGCCGAUGUUUGGCAAUCGGUCAAAGAGGUUGAUAGGUGGGUUGGCGGUGUCCAGUCCAGCACGGGCUCGAGCUCGAAACGCACGAAGCACACGACAGGUGGCCAAUACUCGUCUAGUGAGGGCGGGGAAGGCAACGCCUCACAAGAGGUUGAGUUCCCGAUAUCCGAUGCAGGGGGCUCCUCCGGUACACGACGUCUGCCGCAAGGGAACAAGGCGGCGAAGGCGGCUAGAGCUCGCGCAGGGAGGGGCCGAGACGAAUCAAGCUAGGUGGGCUCCCAAGGCACGCCGCCACCCUCCCUAAUGUCCAUGUACUUCAUCGCCACGAUGACUGACACUUCCCGCAUGACGCCUGACCAAUAUCAAGCCCAUAUUGCCGGGAUUGCGUAUCUGGCAAGACAACUUGGUAUUCCGCCUCAAACGGGUGCAUCGCCACCGCCUUCGGGGGAUGAUUCGCCG